AUGGAGGCAGGUUUGGUGGAGCAGGGUAGGGACAGAGUUGGACAUGUUAACAAGGUUGGUUAUGUGAAAAGGGUCAUAGCUAAGAAGAGGAAGCCUUAUCGCAGGGUCAAGAGGCCUGUGUUGACGGUCUCUAAGACACUUCAAGAGCUAUUUGAUUCAUGCAGGGACACGUUCAAAGGCCCUGGCACGGUUCCUUCACCACAACAUGUUCAAAAACUGUGUCACAUCCUUGAUUACAUGGAGCCAGAAGAUGUUGGGCUAUGUAGAGAUCUGCAGUUCUUCAAGCCUGGAAAUAUCAUCAAAGAGAACCAAAGGGUCACUUACACAACAAUAUACAAGUGUGAUGAUUUCUCACUAUGCAUCUUUUUCCUACCUGAAACAGGAGUCAUUCCUCUCCAUAACCAUCCAGGCAUGACUGUUUUCAGCAAGCUUCUAUUAGGACAAAUGCACAUUAAGUCUUAUGAUUGGUUUGAUCCUGAGGCCUCUGAAAACUUGUUACAACAACCAUCUAAAUUGAGAUUGGCAAAGUUAAAAGCUGAUAAUGUCUUCACAGCACCAUGUGAUACUUCUGUGUUGUAUCCAACAACAGGAGGCAAUAUCCAUGAAUUCACAGCCAUAACUCCAUGUGCUGUGCUUGAUGUCAUUGGUCCUCCUUAUUCCAAAGCAGAUGGCAGGGACUGUACAUAUUACAAAGAUCACCCUUAUGCUCCAUUUCCCAAAGAAAAGAUUGCUAAGGUGAAAGAGGAAAAUGAUAGAUAUGCAUGGUUGGAAGAAAUUGAGAUGCCAGAAAAUUCUCAAAUGGAUGGAAUUGAAUACCUGGGUCCUCCCAUUACUGAUUCAACCUUUUAG